GUCAUGCUCAUGUUUACCGCCUCGCUCAACGACAAACCCUUUGUGUUUAAGGUAUUGGAAUUGACGACAUGUUCAUCAUGAUUUCCUGUUGGCAGAAGACCAAYGUCCAUGAUAGCGUGGUGGAUCGUCUGGCCGACACCUACCAAGAUGCCGCCAUCUCCAUCUCUAUAACCACGAUAACGGAUGUCCUGGCGCUGUACCUGGGCUUCAGCUCACCCUUCGGCUCUGUUCAGACCUUCUGUCUUUACGCCGGCACAGCUAUCCUUUUCUGUUACUUCUACAACAUCRUAUUCCUUGGUGCGUUCUUAGCACUGAAUGGCCAGAGGGAAACUAGCAACCGGCACUGGUUCACCUGUGUGAAGAUUCCAGUGGAUUGUCCUCCUGGGAAGUCGAGAAGGUAUGCAAUCUGCUGCGUUGGUGGGGCCUAUGAUCAUGACACCGGGACAGAGGAGGAGCAACCAAUUAGCGGCUUCUUUGGGAAGUAUUACGGUCCAUUUCUGACCAAGAAAUGGACCAAAGUGUCCAUUGUGGUUCUCUACGCCGCGUAUCUGGCUGUCAGCGUCUACGGAUGUCUUGAACUGAAGGAGGGUAUUGACCUAAGGAACCUGGCUUCAGAUGAUUCCUACAUUUCCAAAUAUUACAACGACAUAAGUGCGCACUUCUCUCACAAUGGUCCAAACGUUAUGGUGGCUGUUAAUAAGCCACUUGCCUAAUGGGAAGAAGACCAGCGCAAAAAUCUCAGCUCCUGCAUUACAGAUUUUAAAAAGUUGGACUAUGUUGACAAAAACUUCUCUCUUUCCUGGCUAGAUUCUUUCCAAAGCUAUGCAAAUGCAAAUUAUCUUGAUAUAAACUCUGAAAAUACCUUCAAAAGAAACCUCCUUCCCUUCUUGGAAAAACGUCCAAUGACCAGGCAGGACAUUCAUUUCGAUGCACAUAACAAGAUCCGUUCAUCUCGCUUCUUUCUUCAGACGCUAAACAUCAACACGACAAAGAAACAGAAGGAYAUGCUGAUAAGCCUCAGAAAAACUGCUGAAAAAUGCCCCAUCAAAUUACUGGUUUAUCAUCCAUCGUUUAUCUACUUAGACCAGUACACUGUUAUUGUGGAUAACACCAUCCAGACUAUCGUGGUUGCCACAGUGUUGAUGCUGGCGAUCUCCUUACUCCUGAUACCCAACCCGCUCUGUUCGCUGUGGGUGGCGUUCUCCAUUGGGUCGGUAAUUGUGGGUGUAGCUGGAUUCAUGGCACUAUGGGACGUGUCCCUGGACUCAAUCUCCAUGAUAAAUCUGAUCAUCUGUAUCGGUUUCUCCGUCAACUUUUCCGCCCAUGUCUCGUACGCCUUUGUUUCGAGCACCAAGGCCGACUCGAACGACAAGGCKGUGGAUGCGCUGGCCCACCUGGGGUUUCCCAUAGUGCAAGGAGCUGUCUCCACCCUUUUAGGGGUGGUGGCACUGUCUUUCUCAGAAAGCUACAUCUUCAGGACUUUUUUCAAACUCAUUUUUUUGGUUAUUACGUUCGGGCUGGUUCACGGUGUUGCUUUCCUUCCUGUGUUUUUGACCUUCGUUGGGAUGUGCAGAAAUGGAUGAUGUAGAUAUGCAACACUAAAUACAUCAUGUAAAUAAAACAUACAAUACUUCUUUUAUUUUUUAGAUGUUAGUGUGAAUGAAUUAAGGAACGUAAAAUAGGUUAAAACCAACUCACGCCACUAGCUAUUCAUCUUCGGACAUAGUCAUUGGAUAUUGACGUGAAACMACACCUGUUAACAUUACAGCGUCAACCUUUUUGGUUAUUACCCAGUAUGGUUUCCCUUCAUCUGCRAUUGAUUGGUCUGAUUUUCUUAUGUAUCUAUGUUUCUCUCUUUGCUGUAAUUUGACAUUUUAUGUACUUAAAUUGUAGACUUUAAGCUGC